GAAGACCCAGGCCCCCGACACACCUCCCUUGAGAAAACCGGUGAGAAAGCUUGGAUUUCUCCUUCUCUUCUUGCUCUAAAACACAUGUAGAACCCAGAAACGUUCCCCUUCUCUGCAGAAAUCCAGAUCUGCUCGGUUUCUCCCCUCCUCUGUCCGUGAGCUGCAGCUUGUGGGUGCAAAAUUCUGGGCUUUUUCGAUUUUGGGUAAACCCAUGAGCUUUCCCUGCAGCUUGCCGCCGGCCUCUUCCCCCCUGCUAGGUCCGGUUUGCAGCUGGAAAAUUCUGGUAUGUGGCAGCUCUUCUAAGUCCCAAUUCACCCCUUUAAUUGCUGAAAUUAUCCAUUUGAAUUAUGCCCCAUGUGCUGUCCGAAAAUUCUGCAGAAAAAGGGAUGAAUUUUGGCAGUAAUUAGAGCAUAAUUAAGCUUAAUUCAUGUGUAAAUUGCUUGAGUUGGUUGCUGUGAUUUUUGGAGAGAAAAUCCCGUGAAUUAGCUAGUGUUCUGGCCAAUUUUUGGAUGUGUAAUUACUGUUCACAGAUUACUGUUCACACACCGAGGGUCAACAAUUAACGGGGAUUUAAAUGAUUAGUUUGUGAUAUAAGAAUAAAUUUGGAGAUAUUUGAUAAUGUGGAGACCGAUAGAAAUAGCAUCAUGAUUAGGGGUAAUCCUAAUGAGGAUUUCAGUUGAAUUGGUGAUAGUGCGGUAUUAAUUCUUGGGUAUUUUGAUUAGGCUCAUGAUCGUUCUGUCAGUUUAGCACUGAGAUCGAGUCUUCGGUUUUAUGCGAGUGAGAUAAGUAAAUUUAUGGUAAUGCCCAUACAGUUUUUAAAAGCAUGUUUUGAUUUGUUUUUGAAGUGGUGGCGGGACUAAACCCUUUUUAUAUAAAAGUAAGUAUGACUGAUUUGAAGUGCAAUUUUUAUGCUUUUCAUUAAAUUGAGCAUGCUUACUUGAAAUUUAAUUGAUUGUCCUGAUGAUUUGAAAGUGAUUGGUGAAUUAUGAUUUUUCUAUUAACUUCAGCUUGUUUUGUCUCCGAUGUGGUCAUGUUAUUAGUGACCCUGCUAGUGGGGAUUAUACGCUAGCACAUGUCGACAUGUUAGUGAUAGAAUCGGUUCGUUCGAGUGACCCUGCUAGUGGGGAUUAUACACUAGUAAAUAAUGCGCUAGCCAAUGGGUGGUUUAUAACACCGGCCGUGAUCUAUAGAGGAGACGUCUAUUUUGUUCCCGUACUGUAUCUGUUUUUCUGAUUAUGCUUGUUGGCAUGCUAUAAGUUUAAUUAAGGGCACUCCAUAUU